CCGACGACAAAGCGCCGAUCGCGAUCGCCACCAGAGAUAGAGAACGAGAUCUAGAGCUUCUAAUUCCCGUCGCUUCCUCUCCUAAGGACGAUGCCUCUUGCAAGCCCUCGUCAUCUUCAUCAUCCUCGCAACAGACUGGCCGCGAGGAGUUUUACGUAUUUGGAAUUCUCAAGGUGCUUCUCCACUGUAGGGUUUUAAAUAUUCAAUUGAUUAAAUCAAUAUUUCUGAAAUUGUGGCCAUCAAUGGACUUCCUAUCAAAGACGGAGUUUACUUAAUGAGAUAAGAAGCUGGUUGGAACUGUAGCUGAAUUGAUCUCAAUUUUGUUAAUUUUUUUUUUAAAUACGCAUCUUUUGAUGCAUCCUCCACAUGUCAGGAGGACUAGGACUCUUCUCUCUAAACAAUCUGUAUUUUAAUCUUUAUCACUUCCCUGCCUUCCCUAAAGACAGUUCCAUAUUGCCGAAUUUAAAUUCCUUCAUUCAUUUGUAGCUCUUGAAUGCAUUUACACCCGUUACAUGCCACAAAGAAAAUCUCCAAACGGGUCUUCUGCUUGAAGUGGCGCCUGAAAUCAAAAUGAUGAAGAUGUUGAUCAACUUUCUUUCCAUUGAUUCUACUCAAGCAAUUACUGUCAUCUUCUUUUAUAUUUUUGGCAUCUUUGGUUCUUUCCGUGUAGCGUAUCAGAUAUUAUAUUUCAGAUGCCUUGUGGUCGCUCUUACAUUUUACAGAGUCUUUAGGAGCUGGGCCUCAAAAAAGUUCAUGACCGGAUGUGUCAUUCUAUUUCCAAUUGCAAUAACUUUCUAUAUAACAUGGUGGUUUAUUCACUUUGUGGAUGGAUUUUUUUCUCCGAUCUACGCUCAACUUGGAAUUGAUAUCUUUGGUCUUGGAUUUGCAACAUCUGUAACAUUCAUCUUCCUUGUUGGGGUGUUCAUGUCAUCAUGGUUGGGUGCUUCUGUUCUGGCCCUUGGAGAGUGGUUCAUCAAGCGCAUGCCAUUUGUUCGGCAUAUUUACAAUGCUUCUAAGCAGAUUAGUUCAGCUAUUUCACCAGAUCAAAACACCAAAGCCUUCAAGGAAGUUGCCAUCAUUAGGCACCCUCGUAUUGGUGAAUAUGCAUUUGGGUUCAUCACUUCAACUGUCACUCUUCAGAGCUAUUCUGGAGAGGAGGAGCUAUGUUGUGUAUAUGUUCCCACCAAUCAUCUUUACAUUGGUGAUGUUUUUCUAGUCAACUCUCAGGAUGUUAUUAGACCAAAUUUAUCAGUUCGAGAAGGAAUUGAAAUCGUCGUGUCUGGAGGCAUGUCGAUGCCACAGAUACUGUCCAUACUGGAUUCAGAUAUUCGACCAAUUGAUAGUAGAAGAUUGACUAGAAGCUGACUCUGAAGAGAUUUACCAUUGCUGGCUGCUAACAAUCAAUGUAUACGAUCUUGGGGACAACACUGCAGUUGUCGGAGAUUCAGAGUAGUUGCCGCCUUCUGGGCAUCAAUACCUUUAGCUGGUGAACCGUAUUUAUGGUAAAAAUUUGAUUCUGGUAGUUGAAUUUAGUGUUAUAUCAUCAAAUGUUGGGUAGGGGUGAGAAUACUUGUUGAUCUAGGAUAGGAAUUGGGUGUGCAUUAGAAAUUUUAGCUUCGUAUUCUAAUUCAAUCGAGAAUGUAUACUUUCUUUUUGAUGAGUCGCAUUGUUCAGUUGCAUCAGAUGUAUAUUUGAGGCUGUACAUAUUUUGCACCAACAUUUCUAUGCUUAACUUUAUUACUUUUUUUUUUUUUU